AUGCUUUUCAACACUCAUGGCGCCCUCGCCGUGUCUGGUGUGCUAAUGGCAGCCACCUCAGCCGUUGCAAAAGACUUCAAGGUGCUACCUCGCGCCCCAGCAGCGGAACUUCAAGGUUGCUACUCUAAGAUUCCUGGAUACGGAAAGGCAAUGAGCUGGACGUUUCAGAGUUCCGGAUGGUGCCUGGACCAUUGUGCGAAAGAGUACGCGACAUUUGCUUUGACAGGAGGCUCUGACUGUGUGUGCGGUAAUACGCUACCACCAGCCAGUGCCAAGGUUUCAUCCGACAAAUGCAGCAAGUCGUGCAGUGGCUGGCCCGAUGAUAUGUGCGGUGGUACCGACUACUACUCUAUCUAUACCACGAAUUUGAUAGCGGAUGUUCCCACGUACGAAGACGACACCAAGUCCACCACUACCACGACCAGUAGCGGCAGCAAAACUACGACAACCGACGGUGCUGCCUCCACCGCUUCCACUAGUUCUAGCGUAAGGACAGAGACCGCGACAUCUGAGGCCAGCGCGAGCGGCGUCCCUGAAGAUAUCGAUGAAAAGUCCGCCAAGAGCAAGAACACUGCCGCAAUUGCGGCCGGAGUCGUGAUCGGAGUGGUUGGUUUCGCUGCUCUCUGCGGUGCUGUCUUCUUCUGGUGGCGAUCCAAGAAGAAUAAGGCCGGCGCUGCGGGCGGGGCCACUGGCGGUUAUGGUCGUGACUCUGGUCCGCCCUCGAUGUCCGAUUCUCGGUUCGAUGGCGACUACAUGGCUCAGCGUCGUCAGAGCAAUGGCAGCAUCGAUGAUGACCAUGAUUUCUCUCGCCGGAUCUUGCAGGUGACGAAUCCCGAUCGCUAA